AUGAUUAACGAACUUUCCAUCAGCACACGUGUAUGUUGUUCCGACGUCCAACGAUCAGUGCGAAACAGACGCAACAACUACAAUAAUUUCGGCCGCCAAAAUAAUAAUUACGAUGACCGAAACCUUGGAUACAAUAAUUACCCUAAUCCACAAAACCCAAACGGUUACGGAUUCAGUAAUAAUCCAAGUGAUAAUGGCUGGGGUUCGAAUGAAGAUAAUGAGUACCGUAAUCAGGGUAACCCGGGUUAUGAUAGCAGAGAAUCUGGGUACAAUAAUCGGCGACCAAAGAAUUAUUUUAAUUCGAAUAAUAGUCCGUAUGUGACAGCGAGUCCAUUCUUUCCUGUUCGCGGGCAAGGUCGUGGGGGAAAUAGUCAACGGGGUCAUUGCCCUGUAACAAGCUUACCCCCGAAGCCUGAUACAGGAUGUUGCGGCCGCGAGGCGUCUGAUAGCGACAGGAUUAUCGACAGGCCUAAGCCACCCUCCUACUAUGACGAAGGGCCUAGGAAUAAUGGGAAUAACUUUUUCGGGAACUCUGCAUGGCCUUAUAACAGGCCUCAGGGAAGGUUCAUAAGGUCUGCUAAGGACGUUCCUGAAGUUACAGUUGGCAAUCGUAUAGCAGGUGGUCGGGAAACUGAAUUGGAGCAGUUCCCUUGGACUGUUCUGCUGGAAGUGACUUUCGACUAUGGAGAUAAGAGACAGGGCUACAACUGCGGAGGUUCGCUCAUCAGCUCGAAAUAUGUCCUGACUGCCGGUCACUGCGUUUUUGAUCAGGGAGGCAAGAUUUCAAACGUAGACAUAUACUUAGCGGAAUACGACAAGCGUACGUUCCCAAAAGAUUGUAAGAACGUACUGGGUGAAGGACAGAAAUGUAUAGAAAACAUCGUGAUGAAGGCCGAAGACGUAGUACUACAUCCUCAAUAUGAUGAUACACAGCUUACUAACGAUAUUGCUCUGAUAAGGAUACAAGGCAACGCACCUUAUACUGACUACAUUCGACCCAUCUGCCUGCCAUCCAUUGACAUCGACAGCCCGGACUUCUCGAACCUUCGUCUAGCCGUCGCCGGGUGGGGUCGAAACGGCCGCUACCGAUCGAACAUCAAACAAUCAACAAUCGUCAAUCUAGUGCCUCAGGAAAAAUGCAUAAAAUUCUACCCAAACCUGUCAAGACGACAAAUGUGUGCGGCGGGCUACACUGGCGAGGACACGUGCAAAGGUGACUCUGGCGGCCCUCUCAUGACGGUGUAUGGCGGGAAGUACCAAGUGGUGGGUGUCGUGAGUGGGAAGCGGGCGGACUCGCCCUGCGGGACCUCCGUGCCCUCACUCUACACUAACGUCUACCACUACAGAGAAUGGAUACAGAACAAUAUGAAGAAUUAA